ACAAACUGAAAUCAAUCAAACCUUUUCUGGCUCUGGCACUUGUUCUCCUUUCCUCAGAAGAACUUUUUCUUCCUCGCCAAGGCAAAGAACAGCGAACAAAAGAUGCUCGCCACGAUUUUCGAUAAGAUCCUAGAAAAGGAGAUGCCCUCCAAGUGUGUCUACGAGGAUGAUGUGUGCUAAACCUUCAACGACAUCUCUCCGCAAGCGCCGACUCACUUGGGACAUUGCAUUAUGAGAAAGAAAAGCGAAGUGUUCUAAUAUCACUGUUGGUCGUAGGUCGUGGAAAAAUGAAGAUGAGCAUCAAUCGUUCUAUUUGAGCUCGUCCAUUGAUGUGUUCCGUUUUAGUUCUAGCUGUUGCUGUUGGUACGAGAACAAUAAUUAUCAUCGCGGAGUAGAAGCAGAAGGAUCCAUCACCCUCUUGCUAUUCGAGAAAUAAACUAUCAUUUUCACCUGUCAUAGUCCUUUAACCGGAACCUCCUCUUCUCUUUCCUUCCACCCCUGGCUUGAACCGACUUCUCUCCUCUUUCAUUCCCCUGUACAUCGCUGGCAAAGUUGGACGUGAAAAGUGCGGAGAAGACGGCUUCCGCGUUGUGGUGAACGACGGCGAGAAAGGUGGUCAGACUGUCUACCAUCUCCAUCUGCACGUUUUGGGUGGACGCCAACUCACCUGGCCACCGGGUUAAGCGUUUCAACCGCACUUUAACUGACAGUAUAAGAGUGGAGACUGGAGAAAAGCGAUUUAUUUGAUAUUUCUUGGUUUAGGUAGGAGUCAGUGGAUGUGGAGAAAGGUGGAAGCACAAGCACAAGCAGGAAGUGUUUUGACAUUUCUUCCUCUAGGUAGGAGUGGACGUGGAGAAAGAUGGAAGCAGGAAGCUGCUUGCGUGGACGAGAGGGAGAAUGUUGGAAGCAGGAAGCCGCUUUCAUGUUUGUCAAGUGCUGUUUGCUUUCUUAAAACGAAACGCAUAAAGAAGAUAAAGGUGACUUGGAGUCGGUGGAGAAGAUUUGAGGGUCUAUCCUCACACAACAUAUUCAAUACAUGACAAGAGCGACGCACUUCAUUGCGAGCAGACGACCAAGUAGAAGGUGUCCUUUUUUUUUAUUCUGGGAGGUCAUCGUCAU